AUGAGCGUUGCCAACUCUGAACAAGUUCAAAAUAAUCGUGGUGCGGUCUUGGCAAAAUUAGGUCGUAGUAGGAGCGUAUUGAGAUCGCACUGUCUUUCUUCGGAAGCAACCAGUUUACAUUUAAUGAAAAAUUUUAAGAGCUCGACAGACAAAAUAGUGUAUGCAGAAAUGUUUGGUUUUCAUUUCGACACUGAUGCUGAUAUCACGAUUGAAUGUAAUAUUAAAGUGUGUGCAACGCCAUCAAGUGAUGCAACAUGUACUUUACAAACUAAUUCUACGUGUACUCAUAAGGACUGGAAGGCAAAACGAAGUAUCAGAGAAGAAAAAGACAACAGAGUGACAGUAAAGGGCAAGUUACAUGUGCUUCAACGUCAAAUUGGAAAUAGUAAUUCUGCAGGUUUACUGAAGUUCAGCUUGACGAGUGUGGUUAUUAUGCAGUUUCUAUUAAUCUUUGUCUAAAAGACAUAAGUUUACUUCAUUAACUUUCAUAGUCCUAUCGUCCAUUAUUAUGUUCACAACAAAGUUACCAAUUUAGUAUACGAUUUUGAAUUGACAUUUUUCGGCUGUGACAAAUAGCGUUUUAACAUUUUAGAAAUUGUGUAUUUCAUCCGUAGAUAUUUUGAAUUUAGAUCUUCCUAGUGUUACUACUCUCAUACAGUAGAGAAAAUAUAACGUUUUUGUUAUGCCUGCGUGCUUUUCAACGAAAGGACGUAUAAUAUGCGUAUUCAAAUUCAAUGUGACAAAACUGGAAUUCCGUUGCUUUUUAUUUACAUUCUAUAAAUUUGAGAUCUUUCCAUAAUAAUUGUAUCUCUGAUAUAAAAACAAUACUACACAUAUCAGUUUUCCGAUAUUCAGAUGCAAUUCAACGAAUUCUAACUGCAUUUAAAAAUUUAAAAAUCUAAAAAUCACAAACUUUUAACGUUUACUUUGCCAUAAUCCUUCUUAUUUCAUUUCUUAACAACGCACAUCAUCCAAACCGAAGUAGAAUAAUAUUAUAGUAAUUCUCCGGAUCUGUCAAAAGCGGAGUAACAUCAAACUAUGCUUAAAUUACACAACAACAAGAUACAAACUACAAGAUACUUUAUUUUGCCAAUCGCGGCGAACAACAAUGAUCAGAACAAUCAUCGUUAAUUCAGAACAAUAAACAAUAAAAUGUUUACUAAUACUAAUAUAAAUAAAGUAGCUCAGUAAUUAGUUAUGAAUGAUUAGUACAGUUGUAAAUAAGGUUUAAGACAAAUUGAACGUAGAAAAAACAUCAAAUAUAAUAAUGUAAUGAUCAAAUUGACAAAAUCGCAACUUAGAAGAAAUCAAUUAUGAAUCCACGUUUUAUGAUUAUGAUUAUGAUUAUGAUUUUUCAUUUUUUAAAUAUUAUCUUUCUGUUUUUGUUUUAUUUUGAAUACUUCUGUAAGAACCUGCUGAAUGAUCUAAAUGGCAUACAUAUCAUCAUUAAUCAGAUGCUAUUGUUUCCAAAGUAUAAUUUAAAGUAUAAAAAUUUUGCAACAGUGAAUGCAUUACAGUCUAAAGAGAUUAUUUUUUUCCAAAAAUUAUCGUCUUGUUAAUUCAAUUGAUUUUACAUUUUAUCUUUCAGUCAAUCUUAUUAUUCAGUAGUUUUUAAAACAAUUUAGUAAGUUGUUAUUUUUCUGUAUGUAAAAAAUAACUGACCAAACACUAAACAGGUAUUUUUUGAAAAUUGAUUUAAUGACUGUUAUGAAUUUAAUAUUAAUUAUUCAGUCUAUUGGAAGCUGUUGAGAACAAAAUGACCGGUUCAACACUGGUUUACUAACCAAAGCAAAAAACACCCUUUUGGUAGAUAGAAGGAUCCAAGUCAUUGUUUUACUUUCUUUGUAUUUAUAUUCUAAGAAAGGAAAUAGAAAUAAAAUCAGUGUUUGUACAUUUUGACUGUUUAUAGAACAAUUUUUAAAGAAAUAAAUUUCACUGUAAAAUUUGA